AUGGCAAAGGAGGGGCAACCGGAUGAUCUCAAGACCUUGGAGAAGAGGUUCAAUCGCGAGCCCGUGGAGGGUACCGCGCCCGAGCUGAUCAGGCCCUAUGAGCAAAUGGCGGAAAUGGUUCGAUGGUUGAAGCAGGGCCAGAUAAAGGUCUCAAGUGACAGCCAAAGCAUGGCUGCAGGUGAGCAGUCCGAUCGCGACAGGUGUCAACGCUGCUACCCCGAAACUCCGUCCUUCUCCACGGCUGUGGUCAGCUCGGAGAGCACUCUCGUUGCUACGCCAGACUUCUAUGCCGAUGUUUCGCGCUCUUCUAACACUGAUGAUGCCCCCGGAUAUUUGACGCCUGAAAUUCUAGACGAGGAUUGUCGCGAUUGA